AUGGCUGCCAACGAUUACUACCAGCAGUCUUCUAUGGCUCAAUCGUCACAAUCUGCCCGGCCGCAAAAUGAACGACCACUCUCACACAUCGCCUUUGCUUAUAAUCCCGAACACAGCUCCUCCGGCCUCGAUCACUCACGUCUCUCUCAAACGUACAGCGCCAGACCUAUGUCUAAUUUCUAUGAACCUCACGACCCUACGAGACAGUCUGUACAUUCGGACUCGAUACCGCUGAAGCACCAAUCAAGAAUUAAUACGAAUCAAGAUGCGUCUGACUGGCGAAAUCAGUCCACACAAUAUCCUCCUUCUCCCGACUCGAAUUCCCCGCAGUUACUGCCAGAUUCAAAAGGGAAGAGGAAGAUAGAGGGAUCCUUUGCAAAUUUCUUCAAGGGAAAGAUACCAUGGGUUGUGUACACCCUGAGUUUGAUACAGGUUACGGUUUUUGUUGUUGAGAUAAUUAAGAAUUCUAUCAUCACAGGAUCCCCUAUCAUGAUCAAACCGCAAUUUAAUCCCAUGAUCGGCCCUUCGACAUAUGUGCAGAUUAAUAUGGGUGCUCGAUUCGUGCCCUGCAUGCGGACUACUCCUGGAGUGCAAGACAGCCCCGAUCCUCCUACUUGGCCAUGUCCUAAUACCACUACAUCUGAUCCCAACUCAGCUAGCAACCACUGCGAUCUCAAGGCCUUGUGUGGAUUUUCUGGUUUCAGCGACGAGCAUCCGAAUCAAUGGUUUCGAUUCAUCAUCCCCAUGUUUUUGCAUGCUGGACUCGUUCAUAUUGCAUUCAACUUGCUUUUGCAACUCACCAUGGGCCGGGAAAUGGAAAAAGCGAUUGGAAGCAUUCGAUUUGCCAUUGUGUACUUCAGCUCAGGCAUUUUUGGUUUUGUCUUGGGUGGGAAUUUUGCGGCCACCGCGAUUGCGUCGACGGGAGCAUCGGGAUGUCUUUUCGGCAUUCUCGCAUUGGUUCUUCUGGACCUCAUUUAUGGAUGGAAUGAACGACGCCAUCCUAUCAAAGACUUAAUGUGGAUUAUGGUGGACAUCAUCGUCUCUUUCGUUUUGGGACUGUUGCCCGGCCUCGACAACUUCUCUCACAUCGGAGGCUUCCUGAUGGGUCUUGCGGCGGGCAUUUGCCUUCUCCAUUCUCCCAAUAUCCUUCGCCAGCGCAUCGACGAGUCUACCAGCCUCAACACGAGCCCCUACCGAAAUGUUGGCUCAGAUGCGGACGUGAGCAUCAACCCCAAGGACCCGAUGUUGACUCAUUCAUCGUCCUCGCCAAUCGCUCCCAGAGCUGGACCGGCGGCGACGGCCACGCCAGCUAACGUGGCCGCUUUUGCAAAACAACCGGUUGGAUUCUUCAAAGGACGGAAGCCCUUAUGGUGGGCAUGGUGGCUGUUUCGUUUGGGAGCGCUGAUCGGCGUCCUGGUGGCAUUCGUCGUGCUCUUGAACAACUUUUACAAGUACCGCGACACGUGCUCGUGGUGCAAGUAUCUGAGUUGUCUGCCAAUCAACAACUGGUGCGAAAUUGGGAAUUUGCAGCUGAGCAACGCGACGAGCAACUCGACGAAUUUGACUCGGAGAGCAGCAUUGUCGUUGUUCGAUAGAUGGGAGGCAGUGCGGCCCAAUAUGAUAUGA